GAUUGAGGGCCGUGCCGUGCCGUGCCGUGCCGUGCCGUGCCGUGCCGUGAUACUGGGUUCCCUGGCUCCUCUGGCACCACGGCUGCCUCCUUGGGAGGUGAAUGAAUUCUUUCAUUGUUUGCUGAGUUGCGUUUAUCGUUAGCCUCUUCCUUUUUAUUUUAUUUUUUUUUUGAAGUAUAUAUUAGUGUUGUCUAGCAUGCCUCCUCUAACAGAAAAGGACAGACCGAUUGUUCAGCUGUUACUGGGCUCUGGCACGUGCCCACGAUGUAUUUUCAGGUUCUGCCGUGUGGGAUCGCAGACGCUUUAUAGACAUCCAUACAAGGAGUUGAUGAAGGAUUUGAAACAAUUCCUGAAAGGUAAUCAAGAAAAAGAAGAUGCAGCUUGCUUUGAUGUAGCUGAUCCGCCUUGUAAGCGAUUCAGACGUGGACAUGCAGAAGAAGGGCCUGAUGAUCUGAACCAGAAUGGAAUGCUCAGUCAGGUUCCUUUGGUUAAUGAUGAUAAUGCUGCUGUGGAGAACUCAGCUGAGGAGGUUUGCAAUGUGUGUUUGGGAAUUCUUCAAGAUUUCUGCGAUAUCGACUUUGUUAAAAAGAUGUGUGAAAAGGUUAAUUCUUCUGACUACCAGUUCACCAGUUUUGUAUUUUCUGUGUCACUACCACCACAGCUGUCUGUCAGGGAGCAUGCUGCUUGGCUGCUGGUAAAACAGGAAAUGGGAAAACUGGGCCUUUCCUUGGCAAAGGAUGACAUUGUUCAGCUGAAAGAAGCUUAUAAGUGGAUUAUUCAUCCCCAGUUGUCAGAGGAGUUGGGUGUUCCCACUGAUGGAAAGAGUUUGUUUGAAGUUAGCGUGGUCUUUGCUCACCCAGAAACAGAUGAGGAGUGCCAUUUCCUAGCCACAGUCUGUCCAGAUUGUUUCAAGCCAGCAAAGAACAAACAGUCUGUUUUCACUAGAAUGGCAGUUAUAAAAGCCCUAGAGAAGAUAAAAGAAGAAGAUUUUCUCAAGCAUUUUCCAUGUCCUCCAAGUUCACCAAAGAACCUCUGUGUUGCUCUGGAAAUUCAGUGCAAUAAUGGUGCAGUUUUUGUGGCUGGAAGGUACAAUAAAUAUUCAAGGAAUUUACCUCAAACUCCCUGGAUUAUUGAUGGAGAGCGGAAGCUGGAAUCUUCAGUGGAAGAACUGAUUUCAGAGCAUCUAAUGGCAGAAUUUAAAGCAGAUAGCUUUAAUUUUUCUUCCUCUGGAAGAGAAGACGUGGAUGUGAGAACACUAGGCAAUGGAAGGCCUUUCGCAAUUGAGCUUGUGAAUCCUCAUAGAAUACAUUUUACUGCUGAGGAAAUGAAGGGACUUCAGCAGACAAUUAAUAACUCUUCAGACAAAAUACAGGUCCGAGAUUUACAACUUGUCACCAGAGAGGCAAUUGGUCGUAUGAAGGAAGGUGAAGAGGAAAAAACAAAGACCUAUAGCGCCUUAAUAUGGACAGACAAAACAAUACAGAAAGAACAUAUUGCAUUUCUAGAUAAUAUCAAGGAAUUAAAACUUGACCAGAAGACACCACUCCGGGUUCUUCAUAGAAGGCCUCUGGCUUUAAGAUGUCGAAUCAUUCACACCAUGAAGUCUGAGUACAUAGAUGAGCAUCACUUUCGCCUGCAUCUGAAAACACAAGCAGGAACCUAUGUUAAAGAAUUUGUGCAUGGAGACUUUGGAAGAACAAAGCCAAAUAUUGGCUCCCUGCUGAACAGAACCACGGACAUUCUGGAGUUGGACGUAGAAUCUGUGGACAUUGACUGGCCUCCAGCCCUGGAGAAUUAGCUUCACGAGUUGGGAUGUCACACAGCAGCUCCCCUGUCUACUGAAGGCUGUACAGUACUACAACUUGGUUACAAAGUAUUUUUGUUGAACAUUUGGAUCAUGUUGAUCUGCCAAAGGACACUGCUCCUUUGAUCAACUCACUCAGGUGGUGGUCAUUCAAUAUCUAGCUUUUUAAAAAUGUUCUUCUCUGCGUACGGCGAUUUUGGCAAGCUAAUGUAUUGAUAACAAAUCUUUUAAAAAUCUGCAAAGAAAAACAAAUGGUGUGCUGAGUGGGUACAACAAAUGUGCUUAAUGCAGUACUGUUUGAAAUGUUUAAUUAAAAAAAGUUAACCAAUA